AUGAAGAGGUACCUCCUAGAGCGAGGACUCCUCCCCGGAAGUGACUUCAAGAAGGCCAUCAAAAUCGAGAAGGUGCACACCAUGAACGCCCUCCUCCGUAAAGCUCAAGCCUUCAUCGAUUUCGAAGAAGGAGAAGCUGCUGCCAUUAAAGCCUCGCGAGGCAAUGAUGCCGCCCGUAGUUCGAACUACGAGAACUCAGGUUCGCGACGGGGACAUGAAAAGAGGAGAGAUGACAGGUCACACGACGCCAAAGAGCGCCGAGGACCAGCUGGUCGCUUCAACGACUAUACCCCUGUGAAUGCUUCAAGGGAGAAAAUCCUGGCCGAGUGCAAAAAUACCGACUUCAAGAAUUCCAGCAUCAGGCCCCCGAAGUCAAACCCCGCCAGGCCAGGAACUGACAAGUCCAAGUACUGCAAGUACCACAAGAGUCACGGGCAUCUAACCAAGGAAUGCAUUCACCUUAAGGAUGCCAUUGAGACGCUGAUCAAGGAAGGUCGCCUUUCAAAAUACCCAAAGAAAGGAGAACCUUCCCGGAGGGACGACCAACGAAACUCUGACGAGGGCAACUCGCCGGAUAACCGACCUCUGCAAGUAGCCCUGUCCGUCACCCGUCUUGAGGACUUCAUACCUUCGGUUGGAGAAACCACCGCAUUUAGCGAAUGGGAAAGAUUCCCGACCGCCAUGGUCGUCUCUAACGGCGGGGAUCCUGGUUCUCUCACCAUCAGCUCGGUGAAGAGAAAGUUCGAUGAAUUGCUCAGCGCCAACGCAGACCUCGGCCCUACUCUGCGGAAGUUCAAAGGAAAAUCAGAUCCAAUUACCUUCUACUUAGAAGAACUGCCCGGCGGAGCUUCCAACGCCACAAUUCCCCUACUCGUCCGGGCUAGAAUGGCAAAUUUUGACGUCCGACGAGUCCUAGUCAACGAAGGCAGCUCGAUCGACAUCAUGUACUCUCACCUCUUCCAGACACUCCAACUGGACGACUCACACCUCACUCCUUAUGUGGGUUCUGACCUCCAAGGCUUCAACGGAGCCACCACCAAACCUUGGGGACGAGUGGCCACCAUCAACGCCGACAUUGAAGCCGCCAGAAGAAUCUUUGACGCCUCCGUAAAGGGGCUGCAACUGAUCGCCCCCCAUCCAGCUCCAACAAGAAGCCAAGGGCCGUAG